AUGAUGAGGAAGCAGCUGUACUCUCAGUGCAGCGGAGGCGAGCCGCAAAUAAUAGUAGAAGAGAGCACUCUAGGUGAAGAGGAAGCCGAGCGACGGAGAAAUGAGUCUCCUCCACGCUGCUUAGACCCAGACUCGCCUUCACUAAACCCAUAUUUACUUUCGCCUUGGCGAGAAACCCGCAAGCACUCUCUCCCGACGCCACAAUGCACCACGGGGAUCACUGCGUCUCAGGUGAGGCGUUUGAGCGAGCGAGGAGGUGAAGGUUCAGGACCCUCGCCGAGGGAGGCGGCUUUUUUGGCGACGCUGUCUCAAGCACCGGCUCCCCAACCGGGAGGCCGCAGGCACUCUGUCGUCACUAUCUCCAAGGUCCCGCCGAUGCUGUUUGGCCGGAAUCGCCGAGAGUCUAUCGCUGCGCUUCCUGGAGCGACGAGAAUACUUCCUAUCAGACGCGACUCGAGUUCUUCCGGAGUUGGAGGACCCCCAAGCAAUUCUGGGAGCACUCAUAAUCUUCAGCUGGAUAUUAUGGAUGAUAUUGCGGAGAUUAAAGCAAGAAAGGUAAAGUAUCGAGAACGAGUGUGUGAAGUGCAGCCCUUGGAAGGUAACAGCUCGUCGCAGCGCUACACCCAGCAACAACGUCGUUUUUCGGACUUCAGUGCGAUUUCCAGUUCAACCUCUACCUGCUCGCUCUCGGGGACAAACCAGGCGUCGACGUCUCGCAGAAGAGCUUCAGAGUUCCCGCGGUCUCUGAUGUCAAGCACGUCGCCGGGGAUAGUGUGCUCGAACACGGACCUGAUCUCAAUCCUGAGCUCGCUGACGUCCUCGGCAACGGAGAUAAACCGGUGCGGAGAGGAGCGAGAGACCUCGAAGAGCCUGGAGCAGAAGCGCCGGCGCCUAAAGGACCACCGCUCGAACAGCUUCGACGUCUCGAUCCUCCACGGGACCGUAAAUAAGCAGUCGAGCGUGGAGAAAGCCUCGACGGAGCCUCCGCCCUCCAGCUGGUUCGCCAACCGGCACCAGCCCAUGUGGAAGAAGCAGAAGAGCGUCGACGUUCCCUCCUCUUCCUCCUCCUCCUCCUCCGCUCUAAAGCUCGGCGUCAUCAAAACCGUCAAGGAAACUCUCGCUAAAUCCUCCCCGCCGAAGGAAACCCGGCACAAGGUCGUCUGGGACGACACCAGCGGCACCCGGGUCGACGCCCAAGUCCUCGGCUCCGCCAUCGAGGAGUUCCUCACCUCCCAAACCUCCCAAUCCUCUUCCUCCGGAAAGCCCGCGGUCUCUCCCGGAAAGCCCAAACCCGGAAAAGUCGCCAGCUGGUUCUCUGGAGGAAACAAGGAACCCGAAGCAGAAGCCUGCGAGCCUUCCAUCUGCUCGUCCUUGAAGGAUCUUUUUGUUAAAUAA